AUGCUGUACCGUGAAAGUAUACGGAGUUCCAAGUCAGAGAAGACGUCUGCUCGAGCCCCCAACGAUGAAGCGAAAGUUUCUCUCUCAGCAUUUAGUUUUCUUUUUUCUGAGAUGUGUACACGUGCUCAUAAUACACCAACCAAGGCACGUGAUGUUGAGGAAAUUGAACAGCGUUUAACGAGUCUUGGGGCGCUGGUUGGCGCCAGACUCAUCAUGCUCUCAUCUCUAAAGGACCCAUUAGAACUACAGCGGCGGCCAACCACUAUUGAAGCUGCGCUAAAGCUUUUUCAGGAUAAAUUAUGGUCACGUUGGUUUGGUAAACCUGCUAGUGAUCUACAACGAGAGACAGGUUCGGACCGGUUCUUUCUCUUUGAUAGUGAUCCUAUUGUGCUUAGACAUGUUUAUCCAUCGCCGGAGUAUGUGGAUGGAGAAGGGCGUUGGAAUAUUAACUACGCUAGUUUUAUGGGUGGUAUAGUAGAAGGUGCUUUGAAUUCGAUUGGAUUUGCUGCAGAAGUGCUUACAUACCAUCAACCAGAACCUGGCAAACCACAUCAGUCAAUUUUUGCUAUUUCAUUUCCACAGUAUGUGUGGGAUCGUGAGCGACGAGUGCGUGUGUAA